AUGGUCGUCGGGCGACAGUGCUUAGCACUUGCAGUUGUGGCGCUUCAAGUGUUUUCGACUCGCAUCCAGAAGAUGCUUCAAGCAGAUGCCAAAGACUUCCUUAUGAAGUGUGAUCCCGCUGACAUCGGGCUGGCGCACAGCUAUGUUUGCGAGUCCACAAAAGCCUUCGUUCGGUGCUUUCCACCGGUUUCAAUCAUUGUGGCAUUGAUGGUGGCAUCACAGCUCAUCCUGUGUCAACGGCUGUUCUACCUCAUGAUCCGGCAUGGAGUUUUAGUGGACUUCCAGAACUUGGCGCCCUACAAGGACCCCAUGUUCUGGUGGGUUAUUAUCACAUGCGUGCUGGCGCUGUCCCACUUCAUCUUUCACAUGUUUGUUGCCCAGCAGAUGGAGGUAGAGCACCGCAAUCUCCAAACUCUGGUGGAUGGACUCAAGAAGGAUGCGGUGUUCUUUGGCCUCCCGGCAGUUUUCUACAUCAUCUUUCUCUACAUGUCAUAUGACGUCGAGUGGCUGCUUCUACCGUUGUCCAAGUUCUGGGAGGAGGAUCCAGAUUGGGCGCAUGAAGUUUCGUCGGAGCUGGUGUUCAUCACGGAGAGCGUGGCGCGAGGAGCUGUUCUGCAUGAUUCGCCUGAGAAGCAGUUCCUCUCAGUCGAGGAGAGUUGCGUUGUGACCGAGCAAAGGCAUGCUGGGUGGUUGGUUGUUGACUUUUUGUCAAUCGACUGCAUACAGGCAUGUGGCCACACACUGGAGCUCGAAGGGGCUGGUCAACUAGGAUAUGAACAGUAUAUCGUCCCAAAGCCGUGUGACGAUAUGGCUCAAAAAACAAUUCAAUUCCAUCAACAUGUCAAGCGAGAAUGGACGGAGUUGACGUCCCAAGCAGGGAUGGUCCCGCUAACGAAAAACGGUUUUGAAGGUGAGGACGACCUGCGUGACGAGGCCGUAGCGGAAGAGCUGUUGCUUACGAGGCUGUGGGAAGCCGGCACCUUCCCGUGA